UCCAAUCUCGCCGCCGGCCUCACUCUCCCCCCUCAUCCUAUCCCGCUCGUGCAUGCUCCCCCCGCAGUGGCUCUUCCCCGUUCCCCCACGGCUCCGACCAUGGCCGUCGCCCUCGUGUCGCCGCGCACCAUGGGGCAGCUCGUCGAUGCCCUCACCGCGCACCUCUCCCUCUACCAUGCUGCCAACCCUAGCAGCCCCUCCCCCGCCCCUUCCCCUGCCCCACCCCGCGCGCCUCAAUCUUGCGGUGGCUGGCCGCGCUGCCGCCGCCAUGAAAAAGGACCAGGAGCCCGACCCCGACGACGGCCGCCAGCGGGUCACCCUCUUCUUCGGUAUGCAGACCGGCACCGCCGAGGGAUUCUCCAAGGCACUCAUGGAGGAGGCCAAGGUGCUCUACGACAAGGCCGUCUUCAAUGUGCUCGAUCUGGAUGACUACUCCGCUGAGGACGAGGAGUACGAUGAGAAGCUCAAGAAGGAGAACAUCGCAGUAUUCUUCCUCGCAACGUAUGGGAAUGGCGAGACAACCGACAAUGCUGCAAGAUUCUACAAAUGGUUCACUGAGGGGAACGAGAGGGGUGAGUGGUUGAGCAACCUCAAGUAUGGGGUGUUUGCUCUUGGGAAUAGGCAGUACGUGCAUUUCAACAAGAGCAGUAGGCAUCCUCUGUGGACGAUGACGACGACCAGGGCAUCCACCGCCACGACGACGCUCCGCACAUGGUCCAACUCGGCAACAACCUCCUCUACCGCGGGAUGAAGACUGUGGCCGUGUGCAUGGGUGAGGAAGAACCAGCUGCCGACGGGCGAGGGCAUGGGGUACCUGGAGGCCAAGCACCACCUGCUGUUGAGCAUUGAGUUCAAUCCAUUACUAGGAUUCUUGUUGUUUGUCUUUGAACAAUGCUUGCGUUUUAGCUACUUCCACUUUGAGCUGUUGUAGCUUGUAGUUAUCAAUUCCAACUGGGUUUACAUAUUGCAUUUCUGGAGCAGUAGAUCGAUAUUUCUAAGUUCUUUUGUUAUAUAAGAUGAACAAAUUUUAUGUUUAAAGUGUGAGCUGACUAGUAAUCCUAGAGAGAACCAGCUCCAUUUUUGCAAGAGUUAGCUAAUAUAAUUAGUUAGGUAAUGUUGUAUUAGUUAGCUAAUAUAAUUUGCAGUAUUAGUUAGGUACUGUUGUAGUCUUUUUUAGACUUCGAUUGUAUGAGUAAAAUGCUAUGAGCAAGAGUAAUGCUAUGAGUAAAUUUAGAUUUCCUUGUUAUAGGCAUAAGAAUAAGCUGAUAAGAACAGAAUAUUGAUACUUUGCAUGCUAUGAGUAAAUUGUUGGUACUUUGCCUGCCAUAUCUAGUUCUUGUUUUGGUAGUACUUUGCCUAGAGCAGCUUAGUGUUGUACAUGAUGGUGUUAACUAUGAAAAUGCCAAGUGUGAGAAAAUUAGACCAGUUGUCCAUUUCUUGCUUGAAUGCAUUAUUUAAAGGAGAUAAUGUGCUAGAGACAUGCUACUAUAUUGUCUUGCUAUAAACAAGAUGGUGUUUACUGUAUUGUCUUUCAUGCACAUUUGGUGUAUUAUCUUCUGACCUGCUGGUGUCAUGUACUGUACACAUAGAAGGUGAACUAUCUUCACUGAAAUUCAAGAACAUCUGGUGGUCGUCAAGUCAAGGAACCUCUUCUCCUCACUAACUGAUGUUUUCUCUUAUAUGUGUUAAGGUUUCUAGUAUGCUAUUUCUUGCUUUCCUUUAUCUUCAUACUUAUUAUGAUGGUAAUUUGACUUGCAGUGCUCAUGUAGGUUAAUUAUUAAGCAUACAUGAACAUAUUCAUGAAAGUUCUGUUAGUAGGUGGAUGGCUUCUAGUUCUAAAGUUUGGUCUAAUAACAUGGCGUUGAUUUUGUGCUACAGAUUUGGAAGGUGGGAAUCUGGGGAAUGCGAAGUUGAUGAGACUUGGAGUAUAUAGACUGUGAUUGCCAUUGUAUAUGUGUUAUAUGAUGAUGUAACACAAUGAUUCUACUAUUGUAUCUUUGUUGUAUGAUGUAUCAAACUGAUUCUGGCUGUUAUGUGAA